AUGGCGUCGCACUUCGCCGCUGCCAAACGCUUUACACCAGCCAAGUUGCGGACCCUUUUUGUCAAGGUUAAGCCGGCACCGGCAAAUCUGACGGAGCGGCGAGCCGUCUUACGGGUGCUACGACAGUACACCGAUAUCGAUGUUUUCAAGAAGCUUUACGAUCCUUCUUGCUUCAUCUCGGUUGCAACAAGCCACUUGUCUGCUCUCUCCAUUAUCGGGAAAAGCCCAUUCCAGUUCGAUUACAAUCCCCAGCAAGGCCAUGAGCCUCCAGGGUCCGCAAAGGCAUCAAGCCCGCACAAGACAUUCACCGUGUACGUGCAUGCAGAGCCCGACUACCUGCACCGGACACGUAUCAAGGAGUCACCCAUCCACGGCCGCUGGCCCCAAGAGCAGAGCCUAUUCCACCAGACUUCGUUUGCCAGAAGCGCGCUGCGGCUAGCCGUGCCCCGGGACAUGGCCUGGGAGGGCCUCUCGGACUGGGAAACAGGCGGUCAACUCGAGGGUCCCGACUCCCACGCAGCCCUUCUUUCCAAGGAAAAGCACUUUAUUGAAACCCGCGUGAGACGUAAAAUGGCCCAGCCCGGGUUCCGAAGCUUGACCGAGCUCUACAACUCCCGGCAUAAAUCAGACAAAGGGCAACCAGAGAAACAGUAG